CGCAAUAUUCACAGCGGAACCGGAACCGGCCUUGGCCCUUGGCCCUGCCCCCUGCCCAGCUGUGCAAAGCUGCCAAUGCGGUUUGUACCACAGGGGCGCUAAAGGCGCGAUUGUUGUUAGAUCAAUAGACAAGGAAGGGUGCACUUGAUGAGUCGGGCUUGUUGCUCUCAGGGUUCGUUCACAGCGAAUUGCUGACGUGUGAUAUGCAGCGUCCUCUCUUAGGGAGUUGGGGUUGCAAGUUUGCUUUGACUUGGUAGGAGUGGCAGUAAUUAACUUUGCAAUCGCUUGUUCGUUUACGUAAACACCAGCAGAAGAGGACAUAGCUAAGGGCUAAUCUGACAAGCAUCAUUUACUCCGAAGAGGAGCGCUCAGAACAUUCGCUGGUUGAAAGCUACUCUGCGGCGGCGGAAAACUGCAAGCGAGGCAUGUAGACCGACAGAAAACCCCAGCGUCAACCGCACAAGUCUCAAUGGCGGCCCCACGAAUCGAGUCGCCUGCCAAGAGGGACCAGCUGCGCCGCUGCUUGGGCCUGAAGGUGGUUGUCGGAUUGCUGGCUCUUGCGCUGAUCUGUUUCUGGAGUCUCGACUUCUCCUCUGAGAAGCACAUCAACCAACUGGGCGUUUUGGGGUUGCAACAAGACCGCUGGAAUAGUGGAAAGGCAGAGAGGGUGCAUCCCAACACGACUAAGCAGGUGGACACUCAAAAGCAGGGAACGGAAAAGGUGGAUUUGGAGCAGGCACAGGCGGAGCCGAAGCAAGAAACGGAGCCUCUCCGGCAGAGCGAGACGCGGAACGAGCCUGAGAAAGUGACGGAGGGGGAGGCGUUUGAAGACGAGCUGGACAUCGAAGAGGGGACAGAGGAGGACGAAGAGGUGGCGUGGGUCCCCAAGAAGGAGGCGCCCAAGCCGGUGGUGGUCGACACGCACGCCAGCCCGGAGCCCGCGGAUCUGCGGGACGAGGUUUUUGAGUGCAACUACACCAACCCGCGCUCCGACUUCUGCGUUAUGAAAGGGGACGUGCAGGUGAACGUGCACGACAAAUCCUUCCGGCUGCUCGCCCUCAACGCGAGCACCCCCCGCGGCCGGCUGACCAUCAAGCCGUUCCCACGCAAGCAGUUCCCGGGGUCGCUGGACACGGUCACCGAACUCGCCCUCGAGAGCGUCGACGCCCCGGCGGACGGCGCCGCAGUCGAAGCCGAGCUGGAGUGCUCGGAGGUGCACGAAGUCCCCGCGCUCGUCUUCUCGACAGCGGGCCACACGGGCAACUACUACCACGACAUGACCGACGGCUGGGUGCCGAUUUACAUCACGGCGUACCCGUUCGAGCGCGAGGUGGUGUUCGUCAUAUCGGACCCGGUCGGCUGGUGGUUCGACAAGUACGUGGGGCUGAUCAACGCGCUGACCAAGUACCCGGUUCUGAAACUGGGCGAAGACCAGCCGGUGCACUGCUUCCAAGAGGUGCGAUUCGGGCUGAUCAGCCACGGGGACAUGGCGGUCGACGAGACGCUGCCGCCGCAUAUUCGGCUCGAGUGGCUCGGCCAGCGAUGGGCCCGCGUGGCGGGGUUCCCGGUGCUGCCGACUCGCGCGAGCGGGACGGACUCGGGGCCGCUGCGGCUGGGGUGGGUGCACCGAGCGGAAAAGGAGCGGAACGUGUUGAACGAGAAGGCGAUGCUGGACAAGGCGCGGGAGAUGGGGUUCGAGGUGGUCAUCUUGAACCGGUUCCGCAACAUGGAGGAGAUGUUCCAAACGAUCCAGCCGCUGGACGUUCUGAUGGGCCUGCACGGCUCGGGCCUGAGCAACUUCAUCUUCAUGCGCGGGAACUGCGUCCUGAUCCAGCUGGUGCCGUUCCAGCUGGAGUGGUUCUCGGACAACUCGUUUGGGAUCGGGGCGCAGAUCAGCCGGGUGAAGUACAUCGCGCCGGUGUUGUCCUGGAACGAGAGCAGCUUGUCGCAGCAGUAUGCUUACGACAGCGAUGUGCGAUUGCAUCCCGAGGAAAUCUCGGACAGAGACGGGUGGCAGGCCUGGGCGCAUUACUACUUAGAAGCCAACGUUACGCUUAAGAUGGAGACCGUCGAGAGUGUGCUGCAGGAAGCUAAAAAUCACCUGCUCACCCCGGGCGCGGUUGCUGAGCACCGGCCGUGGCUGCAGCCGUUCAAUGGGUUUGAACGAAAACGAUGAACACUGUGUAUGCUUUUAGAGGGAGAUACCCCAAGCCGCUGUCCCGUGCCCGCUGAUCCCUAGAGGUAGUUAAUUGAUGAUCUGCAAUCAGAAGUACUGGUAUGAAUCAGUUUUGAUCCGAAUUCUGACAGGCUUGAGUCGUGUCAAGUCGAGCUAGAGUAUCACGUGCUCUUGAUUGUGGCCUUGGCCACUGCCAACAUCUGCGUGCAUGCACGCG